AUGGUUCAUUACAUGCAUCAGCCAAACCCUGCAGGUCCAACGGGUGUACAGUGUGGUAAACGGUGCACAAUCCUCGCGAGAUCGAUUCAUUGCAAUCACUCGUGCCCGGAUCGGUGUGGUUGCAUUUAUGCAAAGCUGGACUAUGCGUUACAAGUAGGGACGGCACGGCAGGAACGGAUGGCAUCGAAUGAGUUGCUGGGAGAUCCCGCAAGGAGAGCCUCGGACGUACAGUGGCAACCGAUGGGCAAUCAGCUCACAACGAAGCAUGUGCACUGUAAGGUACACGUGUAUCAGGGACGGAUAUUUGCCGGAUUUCUUGACGCUGAGCAGUGUAACGCUAAGCUAACCGUUCUGUUUGAAAACUACGAAAUGUCACUCUCGCCAAUUCCCAACACACUUUCUCCACGUUGGAAUGAAACAGUAGAGUUCCAGAAUGUGCCAUUUACCAUGUCUAGCAUAGCGAAUGACGAAUUGGGCCAGAAAUGUACCAUUAUGUUCAAUUUGCAAUGGGAAGGACAGGAGAUGGGUAGCAACGCAAUCGGUUGGUUGGAAACCUCAAUAAAACUACUAGGAACAAAUAAAAGCAAUGAUGCAAAGAAUAACCUUGAAGAUUUGCAAACAUUCAAACCGUAUUUGCAAUGGGUUCCACUUUUUCUCAAAGGAAUAAGGAUCGCGGAAAUUUUGGUUUCAUGCAUUGUAGUGGAGCUUGCAUCUCCAUUAGAGGAUGACGAACAAACCGAAGCUGAAUGUCUGCUUGUGCAUGGUUUACCACCAGAAAUUGCCCCACGAUUGUGCACAUAUACCAUUCGUGUACGGUUUGUUGGUCUAAGGCAACUGCAAACCCUGGUGUACAGCACAAUAAGAUACUCACGAAUGUUGUUAACACUGGGUGAUGCAAGCAUUAUCAGCGGAAAUACAAGAAUUACUUACGGAAACAGUGCCAAUUUCUCUGAUGGAUUUGAAAAUUGCUCUGUACGACUUCCGGUCAAUACAAACUAUUGGCCAUUGAUGACUAUCAAGCAUAUUGAUUUUACCGAUGAGAAGCGUCCGAAAACAAUCGGAAAUGCAAUCGUAAACGCAUCAGAACUGGUUGUGGAAAACUCCUUAAAGUCUGCAAUUUCUGCAGAAACUUCAACGAUUAUUGAUAUAGACCAGGAAGCAAAUGUAGCUUCAAUUGCAGCGGAUCUACUAAAUAGAACCUACAACUGGACAAACGUUCGUGAUGUGAUACAGAAACAGAUUGAAGGCUUCAACGCACCCAGUAAACCAACAAAUAGACUAAGAUCCGAUGAUUCGGAGCUCACCUGGUGGACAAAGUUCUACAACAAUCAAAUGGCGAAGAAUGAUAAAAAAUGUUCUCUUAAGAUUUACGAUACAGAAUUGGAGAGUGUAGAGGAGUUUGAAGGAUUUAAAGAUUGGAGUGGAAGUUUUGCGCUACAUAGAAUCAAACGCAAGAAGAAAAAGGCCCUGGUGAAGCAGUUGUAUGGCGCUAUUAAAUGCGACAUUAAAAUCAGUUCCUUGGUGAAAGCAUCAACGCCACAGUAUACGCCCAAGGAGAGAAUACUGCCCUCGAUUUCGAACCCUGUGGAAAUUGCAGUUGUCGUUUACGUUGUACAAGCCUUGAAUCUUUCUUCGCGUGAUCUCAUGUCAGAAUCGGAUGCAUAUAUCGUGCUGUCGUACGGCAAUCAGCGUGUUCGAGAUCGUGCAUAUUACAUCCCCAACCAAGCAUCUCCAGUGUUUGGUAGACGGUUCGAAAUGCGCGGAACGCUGCCCAGAGAUCAAAUGCUGCACCUUUCGGUGUAUGACAGAGACUUUGCCUCUUCGGAUGAUCUUAUUGGAAGCACGUACAUCGACAUCGAGGAUCGCUUUCGGAGCAAACAUCUACUAUCGUUUGGAUUGCCCCAAAUCUUCACCUCCACGGGUUACAACAGAUGGCGCCACCAGCAGAAACCCUCCGACCUGUUGCUCAAGAUAUGCGAACAGCAUGGAAUAGCAAAACCUCGCAUAACGGGUGGCAAGAUCUAUAUUGGAGAGCAAGUAUUCCACGCUGACGGUCUGGACGCGAACGAAUGUCAAACGGAGCAGUUAUGCCUGCUGGCGCUAAAUAACUUCCAGCACGUUGCCAACGGAUUUUCCUUAACGCCCGAACACGUGGAAACGCGCCCACUGUAUCAUCCCAAGCGGGGUGGUAUUGAGCAGGGCAAGGUGCAGCUGUGGAUCGAACUGUACGCACCUAACCAGCCGCAUCCGCUGCCACUGGACAUUACGCCCCAACCGCCGAAACCUUACGAACUGCGGCUGAUCGUCUGGAACACGGCCGAUGUGAUGCUAAACGAGCGUAACAUUUUCGGUACCGAGAUGAGUGACAUCUACGUGAAGUGCUGGCUGCAGGAGUUCACGGAAGCUCAGUACACGGACGUCCAUUACCGGUCGCUAACCGGCGAAGGAAACUUUAACUGGCGCAUGGUGUUUCCGUUCCGGUACUCACCCGCCGAUGGCAUGCUGGUACUUCGUCGCAGAAAGGCAUUCUACGAGCAGUUCGAUACCGAGCUCAAGUAUCCCCCGGUACUGACCGUACAGAUUUGGGAUAAUGAUUCAUUUUCGGCAGAUGAUUUUCUCGGCACGAUGGAACUCAAUCUCGCGCAGCUACCCGUCCCAGCCAGCACGCCCGAUGCGUGUAAGUUUACCCCAAGCCUAUCAUUAACCGGAUCCGGCAGCAGUACGGCAGGCGAUUCUUUGAACAUGUUUGUGGAGCGCCGUGCUAGGGGAUGGUUUCCAGUGCAUGGUAAACGCACGUCCAACAUUGAUGCAAGCGAUCGGCAGCAGCGACCUGGCGUAUCGCUGACGGGUAAAAUCGAACUGGAGCUGGAGGUACUCAGCCAAGAAGAUGCUUCUCAGAAUCCGGUUGGAGUUGGUCGCAAACCACCGCAGCAUCUUCCUGAACCGCUGCGUCCGGAAGUGUCUUUCCAUUGGUUACGGCAGCCGGCGAAAACGUUCAACAAGCUGUUGUGGCCCCGCGUACGAACAUCGUUCAUCUGGAUUGGUGCGGUAAUGUUGCUGUGUUUGCUCAUUUACGGGUUGGUGGUAAAUGUGCCAACCGUCUUCAUGGUGCGAUCGCUUGAACAGCGACGUUCAUACGAAAGUAUCUCUUCCGAAGGCUGA